AAAAAAAAUAACACCUCGCGGCCGCGUAGAAGUAUUGCAACCAUGGUAACGUGUAGUGAAACACGACGUCCAGCGCAAAUACCCUAAACAAAAUCAUGCUAAAUCUAGCUGUUAGCUCAAUUUAAACAAACUUAAUAACCAGUCUAAAUGAUUACGACGAGCUGUAGUGAGCUGUUGCCCCUUCUUCAAGAUUGGGAGGAAACUUUUUUGGACCGCAAACUCCUUCGUUCCCUAAAUAUUUCCCAAACUAGUCCCUCCUCUUCUGCAAACUGCGUCUCCUCCAGAGAGUGCUUGUCUCUCUGACCAUGGCGCUGCUCUUCGGCUAUUUCACUGUAUACGUGGCGUUUCAUAUCUUUAUCUUAGCAGUAUUUAAUUUAACCUCAGCAAACCAGGGUAGCGGUAGCGUCUUGUCACUGCUGCAGCCGUAUGAUCGUUUGUAUUAUAGAGGGGUACGAUCAUACUUUAACGAGGAUUGGGGAAAGGCUGCGGAGCUGCUGGAGAAGUCCAUCGUAACCAAGGAAUCACUGUUCAGGAUCCGCAGGCAGUGUCAUGAUAAAUGUGUGACAGCAGGACGAGAUGCAUUCAACAAACUGGACACUCAAGAGGGGAGUCUGUGGGACCUCUGGGCCUUGGAUUGGGUGCAGCAGAAGGCUGAGUGUUUGAGGUUCUGUAUUGGACGCUCUGUCACCCCUGCAGGACAGCUUCCCGUCUCCACAGACAUAGAGUAUGAGUUCAGCACUCGCAACCCCUACAACUUUCUGCAGGUCACAUACUACAAGUUGGAGAAGUUGCAGAAGGCGGCAUCAGCGGCUCAGACCUACUUUGUGGCCAACCCCAGUCACCUGGAGAUGAGGAACAACAUCGAGAAGUAUAGAAGGAUGAAAGGAGUGGCAGAGGAAGACUUCCAGGACAGAGAGCUUGAGAAUGAGAAACACUGGGUCCUGUAUGAUUCUGCACUGCAGUAUGAGGCCUCCUCUGACUGGCCACAAGCAGCAGAGAAAUGGAAAGCAUGUGUGAAUGAAACACUGCGGCAGACAGAGGAGUGCAGGGUGCAGUGUGUGGUGGCCUCCCAACGGCUGCCAGAGGACAGGGGAGUGGACAGUGUUGACGGCGUGUUCGAGAGAGCUGCGGCUCUUUCUCUCUCGCUGCUCUCGUGCCAGCAGUCCUGUGUUACUCAGGUAGCCACACGUCCCGGAAGGAUUUCAGCCCAAGAGGAUUUCCUGCCCACACAGCUGGAGCAUCUGCACAUUGUGCAGUUUAAAGCUGGAGAUAUUAGAGGAGCAGUGCAGACGCUUCGCUCUCUCCUCCUGUUUUAUCCCUCUGACAAGGACUCCAUAGACAACCUGCAGCUCUACUACGAGACACUAGGAGGAGACAUAGAGUCACAAAGCACACCGCCUGCUCAGGAGAUUGCCAAAUAUGUUAAUCGGUCUUUACAGGAGAAGAAGCUACUCUAUUUUGGUAUGGAGAGCUUAGAUUUCAGUUUCAUCGACCCAGAUCUUUGGACUCCGGAAGAUGUUGUACCUGAAUCACUCAGGGAGGUCUGGAGAGCUGAGAAAGAGAAAAUGAAUGAGAAAAUGAAAGAGGGCGAGCAGCAGGAGGAAGUGGAUGACAGUGGGUUUUUUGCAGGUGGUACGAUCCGUCAGGUGGGUGUGACCAUCACCAUGGACGACGAGGUUCUGAAUGGGACCAAUCGCGUUGUACUCGACGGAGUCAUGACCGAGAAGGAGUGUGACAGAAUACUGCAGUUAGCAACAGCUGCAGCAUCUGCUGGAGAUGGUUACCGGGGACGACGGUCUCCGCACACACCUCAUGAGACGUUUGAGGGGCUGACCGUCCUCAGGGCUUUAAAGUUGUCUCAUGAUGGCCUGGUGAACCAAUCAGACGCCAGGCUGUUACAUGAGCUGGGCGAGAGAGUGAGGAUCCUGCUUCAUUCCUACUUCAGGAGCCCCUCAGGACUCUUUGUCUCUUUUACACACCUGGUCUGCCGCAGUGCAAUCGCAGGGGACCAGGAAGGCCGGCUGGACCUGUCUCACCCUGUCCAUGUUGACAACUGUCUCCUUGAGCCGGAGACCAAGCAGUGUUGGAAGGAACCACCAGCCUUUAUACACAGAGACCUCAGUGCCAUUCUCUACCUGAAUGACAACUUUGAUGGUGGAGAGUUGUUCUUCACUAACAGGGAUGCCAAAACAGUAACAGCCCGAGUAAAACCCAGCUGUGGUCGACUAGCAGGCUUCUCCUCAGGUCCAAUUAACCCUCAUGGUGUUACUGCAGUGACAAAAGGUCGGAGGUGCGCUCUGGCCCUGUGGUUCACCAAGGAGAAGCUGUACAGGGACAUGGAGCGAGAGGAGGCGGAAGCCAUGUGGGCUGCGGAUGGACAGAGUGUGGUGAAAGAGGACGAGGAGAAGGCAGACAACACCGCCAACGCUCGGAGCCAAGCAACGGAGAGGAGCAAAGGGAGAGGCAGGGUGACGGGCGGCAAAGAUGAGCUGUGAGAGCCAGACCAAACCUAACAGACUCAACCACAUAUUCAUCUGCAUCCACUCUAGUGGAACAGGACCAAACUACUUGCUCAUUACACCACCCAUCAACUCCUCUGUGUUUUUACAUCUUUCCAGUUAUUCAGACUCAUUAUCUUGCUGCCUUAACUUUUUGUAAAACGUCUUGCAUGUGUAUAUACUGUAUUUAUACUGUAUAUGAUGAACAUAAGUGAAGGAAACAUUGUCCUUUCCAUUCUCCAGGUCAAUCUGUGUGUGUCGUGUGCCUUAUUGACAGUUCAAAAAGAGCGAUUUCAUUCCCUUUAAAUAUGAAGAGAAUAAAAGAAGAAAUAAAUGUGACUCCCUACCAAUGUUGCAUGAAUACUGUAUUUCAAAUGCACACGAGUGAGGAACAGAAAGAGCAUUAGAGCGCGAGAGAGAGAGAGAGAGAGGACAAAAGGGAGCAGAAAAGUGAAAGCGAGGCUGUGUAAUCUAUUGAACGAUUACCUCACACUCUCUGUGGCUGCCUGCUGAUUAAAAAUAAGAAAUAAAAGCCUAUAUACCUC